UGCCCCAGAGGAAGGAUGGAGGAGCUGAGCCAGGCUCUGGCCUGCAACUUUGUCGUCUCCCAGGACCUGAACAGCCCUGCGGCUCCUCACCCACGCCUGGCCCAGUACAAGCCCAAGUACAGCUCCCUGGAGCAGGGCGAGAGACGCCGGCGGCUGCUGGAGUUCCAGAAGACUAAGCGGCUGGACUAUAUAAAUCAUGCCAGAAGGCUGGCGGAGGAUGAUUGGACCUACACGGAGGAGGAGGAGGAGGAGAAGGAAGGGGAGAAGAAGGGAGAGGAGGAGGAAGGAGAGACAGCUAAGGCUGAUGGAGAACAUGAAGACAUGGAGCUAGACAUUAUGAAGAAGUUACCCAAGCGAUAUGCGAACCAGCUGAUGCUCUCCGAGUGGCUGAUUGAUGUCCCACCAGAUCUGGAUCAGGAGUGGCUCUUCGUGGUGUGCCCUACGGGGAAGAGAGCUCUUGUGGUGGCUUCCAGGGUGGACGGGAUCCUAUUCUAUCACAAGCAGGCGCACUAUAACCCCGGCAGCACGCCGUUAGUGGGUUGGCUGCGCCCUUACAUGGUCUCCGACAUCCUGGGCAUCGUGGUGCCCAGCUGCCCGCUCACCUCCAAACCGGGCUACGCGGGACAGCAGCUGCAGCAAAUUAUCGAGCACAAGAGGAAUAAAAGCCAACAGCCGGGCGCGGCCGACGAGCCCACCUCGCAAGACGGGCGUUACGAACUGGAGCAUUUGUCCACUCCCCGAGCGGAGGCCCCUCCGCCCGUCUCACCCGACGGGGAGUGCCAGAUGGACAACUGACCCGGAGACCUUAAAAGGGGGCGACAAAGAUCGGUCAAGAAUGUCCCUCGGUCUACCCGGAUAGGAAACCCUAGUCAUAAUAUAUACACUUUCAACAUUUGGGUGGAAAAAUACGCCUUUAAUGGGAUAUUUUCGUUCAGGAGGUGGGGUUUUUUUUGGCUUCUGUCCUGCUUUAGAACGGCUGCCUUAAAUGCACAGAGCCAAGGUGGCGCAGUGGUUAAAUGCAGCACUGCAGGCUACUGCUAGAUCAGCAGGUCAGCGGUUCAAAUC